AUGUCUCCCACGUCCGCAACGUCUCCAGGCAAUCUGCAAACAGUGCAACCAGCCACUACGCAGUCAAUGAGCCUCGAUCCUAUCUCGCAACCGACGACACAAGAACAAGCCAAGGAAUCGCAGGAGCAGGAGGUCCAUAUGCGCGGCGGUGAAAUGUGCCCGGGACGAUUCUGUUUCAUCAUCCCAUGUCCUUUGCCUUGCAACUUCUGUAUUAUUUAA